GUUAUUAGCUGAUUAUAUGUUAUCGUAUAUACACUUGUGGAUAAAUUAUUAAAUCUGUUCGUCUUCCUUUUACUGACAUUUGAAAUAAAUAUUCAUAGUCGUAAUGGGAGGAGCUACCUCAAAGGACCUAAAGAAGGUUGGUGUCGAAUUGAAUAAUCUUAAGGAGAAGUAUGAAAUGCAGAAACAAUAUAUAUCGGAAUAUGCAUCAAAAGUCGACAACAAUUUGGAAUUGCUAAAGAAACGAACGGAGGAUUUUGACAACAGGGCGAACAAACUGCUCGAUCUUUUUGAAGCUAAAUCAUUAGAUAUCAAAUGUUUGGAAGAUAGCAUAGCUCAACAGAAGAAUUUUAGCCAGGCAAGGUUUAUCGAAUUGGAACAGGAAAUCCAAUUGUGGAAUAGAAAAGUUGACACGACCAUGGCUCAAACGGAAAUGUUACUCACAGUCUCACAAGAUAGAGAAAGGCACAUGGAGAAAUUAGAAAAGCUUACAACCAAGCUUGUCUAUACACAGGCAACUAAUGCAGGGGUGGAUAUAAACGAAGAACCCAUCAGAGAAUAAGUGUCUAAGAGUAUGCAGUAACCUUUGACAAUCACAGCAACGCAUUUACUGAGGUUUUAAAUAUACGCGCAAGUCAAACUUGCCCAAAUUGACUGUUUUAUUAUGAAGAACAUAAAUAUUUGACUGGUGAUUCAUUUAUAUAUGUGAAAACUAAAUCAUAAACAAUUAAUAACAGAUGUUUAAUUUUUGUUUUGGCCAGCAAGUGGUCCAAUAAAACGAGGUUCUAGAAUUUGGGAAGCUUGUUAAACAUAAUAAAUAAAGACAAACAAAUGAGUAAGUUGUAAUUGGGCUUUUAUUAAAGCCGG